AUGGGCCACAGCAGAAGCAGCGGGAGGCAGCGCCCGCGGCGCGCCGCCGCCCCACGGCCGGGAAUGGCCGCGGCGGCCGCCGUCCGCCGGCACCGGCCGGAGCACAGCCGGGCAGGAGCUCGGCCGGAGCGCCGCCGGAGCAGAGGCCGGCAGCGCCGGCAGGCGCCGCAUCGGCCGCAGGCGCACGCAGGCGCCGGCAAGAGCCGGCAGGAGCCGGAAGGCGCCGCAGCGGCCGGCAGCGCCGCAGGCGCAGCGGCCGGAAGAGCGGCCCGGAAGCCGAAGCUGCGGAGCAGCAGCAGCCGGAGGGGGGCCGGCAGCGCCGGAGCAGGCAGCGGCCAGAAGCGGCGGCAGGCGUCAGGCGCACGCCGCAGGCCGGAGCGCCUCCACAGAAGCGGCAGGCAGCGCCGCGCCGCAGGGGGCCGUCAGCGACGCAACAGCGGUAAGCUAGGAGGCAGGCACGCCGCCGCAGGCGGCGGCCGCCGCCGCCCAGGCCGGCAGUGUGCGCCGCCCCAGCAGGGAGCAGGCGGCAGCGCGCCGCGCGGCCGCCGCCGCUACCGCCGGGCCGGCAGAGCCAGCAGGGCGCCGCAGUCGUGGGUGCACUUCAUCUCCGCAUAUCAUCAGCUUCAUCAGCGCCUGCCCGGCAUCCCAGUUCCUAUCAUCAUGCAGCCUUGA